AUGUUUUUGAAAGAGGCAAAAUUCAAGCAAGUGAUCCCGCCGGUGAAGAUUGACGACGCCGAAGACAUAACGUUUGAGAAAGCGACUAAUGCGUUACGGAGAGGAGUUUCUUUCUUCUCAGCUUUGCAAGCCUCCGAUGGUCACUGGCCGGGAGAGAUCACCGGACCUCUCUUUUUCCUGCCUCCAUUGGUAUUUUGUUUGUACAUCACAGGACAUGUUGGAUCCGAGAUAGCACUCGUCAAGACGGGCUAUCUAAGAUCUGUGAUUUCGUCUUCCUCAUUCGCCGAUUGGAUUUUAGGGUUUUCGAUUCGUCGAGUAUUUCACCUCGGUUAUCGAGUUUUUCCGAUUCUCCGUCCAAUCAAGAUGAAACCAACAGAUAGAAAGGGGAAAGGCAUUGCCAUUGAUGACGGCGACGAGACGAUUGCCUCGAUUGCGCGUCAGACGCGAUCCUCCGCUCGUCCGGAGAGGCUUCUUGGCGGAGCCAUCCAGGCGGAUGCGGCGGAGCGUCGUAGGAAGACGGUGGCGGAUGAAGCGACAGCUGCUGCCGAUGCCGAGAGGGUGGUUGAAAGGGAUGAGAUGGAGGAGGCGGCGAGGAUCGCCGCCGAAGCCGAUCGUUGGGAAGAGGCUGAGAGUGAAGCAGAGGGGAGGAGGAGAGCAUGA